AUGUCUAAGUGGAAGUUAUAUACUCCGGGGAGUAUUAUUAAUCAAAUCAUCUGUGCAUUACUGAUAUGUUUUCCUGUCUUCAGCUAUGGUACCUGUAUUGGAUGGAUGUCUCCAAUGACAUUACUUUUACAAUCAAAAAACUCACCGAAAGGCGUUCCUCUGACUGAUAUAGAGAUAUCAUGGAUGGCAUCUUUACCAUAUUUAACAUGUAUUCCUGCAACGUACCUAAUGGCAUAUAUGGGAGAUACAUUGGGAAGAAAAUCAACACUUCUGUUCAUGUCUGCUAUUAGUUUUACAAUCUGGACAUUAAAAAUCUGUUCAAUGAAUAUCUGGGUAUUCAUUGCUGCCCGUAUACUGGUCGGAAUCACCAUGGCUGGUGCCUGCGUCACUUGCCCCACUUAUAUCAAAGAGAUAAGUGAAGAUCGUAUACGAGGAGCUUUGGGAUGCUGGGGUGCAUUAUUCACGGCUGUCGGGUCUCUUUUUUCCUACAUCAUAGGAGACUAUCUUAGCUAUCAUCAGAUCCUGUAUGUGUUGGUGGCAUUUCCCAUGAUUCACUUCAUUGUGUUUCUUUUUAUGCCCGAUUCGCCGUCUUAUCUCGUCAAGGAAGGAAAGCUAGAGGAAGCAGUAAAAGCACUAGCGUGGCUACGAUGCAAGGACGGUUCGGAUCCCUCAAUACAAAUGGAACUAGAACGUCUCAUGAAGGAACAGAAAGAAGAUGAUGAGAAUAAACAAUUUAUGUUAAAAUCUAUUGUGACCGACAAAACUCUCUUCAAGGCGUUUCUCAUAGCCUUGGUAGCAGCAGUUUCUAGAGAGCUCUGUGGUGCGGUGCCAAUCCAAAACUUCGCAGGAGACAUUUUCAACCUGGCUUCAGAGGACAACUCUUCCUUUGCUCUAAGCCCGAACAAGCAAGCCAUGAUGUUGGGAGUGGUACAGCUGGGUGGAUCAUUGUUAGCAUCUAAUGUUGUUGAGAAAUGUGGUAGAAAGUGGUUAAUGGCAAUCACCUGCCUGGUAUCAGGACUGAGUAUGUGCGUGCUUGCGUCUUGGUUCCUGAUCAGAGAUUACAACAUUAUCACCUCCGCUUGGAUACCAGUAAUCACUCUGUGCCUGUGCAUAUUCUGUGAUGCAGCUGGAUUGAUGCCAAUAACCAUUGUCCUAACAGGAGAAAUAUUCUCAUUUAAGUACCGAGGAACAGUCCUAGCAACAACCAUGGCGAUCGCAUCAGUAGCAGACUUCUUCCAGCUUUUGUUCUUCAAGCCUCUCGCAAAUUCUAUUGGCGUGUUUUACGCGUUCUACUUUUUUGGUGCCAUGUGCCUUUUAACCGUAGUUUACGUGGUCCUCAAGCUGCCGGAAACCAAGAAUAGAUCAUUAGAAGAGAUCUAUGAAGAAUUGAAAAAAGCGUAA